AAUAGGAAAGACGCGUGAAUAAAUUUGUGCUCUCUUGAAUCAGUUUUAUUACAACUCAUCUCCUUAAAAAUUUCGGAUAAAAAAUUGUAAGUACGCAAAGCGCAGGUGGCUAAUUUUGAAAUACCGACCGUGCAGUCUAUCUUUUUUUAAUUACCAUCAUAUUAUUCAUUGAAUCAAGGAAAUUUGACAAAAAAAUACGUAUUUUGUGUUUUCUAACGGAUUUUUCAUCGUGACCGUCGGACUUUUCACGUAUCAUCGGUGGAGUUCCUGACACGCUCGCGUUGAGAAGUGCGCUUUGUGCGUCCACGCAAACUUAAUCGGGGCUUUUUCCCGGGUCGAUUUCUUCUUCUUCUCGUAUUGUUUUUUUUCUAAAAAAAGAGAAGACAAGGCUGAGGAGAGGUCUUUCUUUAUUUAUUACGGUCCGUUUCGUGUGGGAACUCGGAACGGAACUCGGUCAUCGGCCACCUGGCGCCUAUCUUGGCAUUGUGGCGUGCAUUUCCGCGAGAGUAGCGCGUCCGGCUCGGCGCCCCACGCUGGCGUAGCCCGUAGCCGCACCUCGAAAACGAACGUGGUUUCCACGUGGUAUCCAGCCAACACCGCCCGCGGAUGCUCGCCGCUUUUCCCGCCAAAAGACCUCCUGAAACUCUAUCCCACCUACGCGCUUCAAGGAUAUCACGAUGUCCGCCAAGAAAGAGUUGGACUUGGCGGUUGCAGCGGACGGUGACCAGAGGCCAAAAGCAGCUCCAAACAAAGAAGAAAAGCCACUCAUAUCAUCAAAAGCCAAAUUCUCGCCAUUUUUUAGACAGUUUCUUGCCGCCUCUGGACCGAUUAUUGCAACUUUAAGUUCAGGAAUGACAGCGGGGUUUUCAGCAGUCCUUUUACCUCAACUGAAGAGCCCUAACUCAACAUUGAAGAUAGAUCAUGAUCAAGCGUCAUGGAUAGCGAGCAUGGCGGCCCUGCCGAUGGCUUUGGGCUGCAUCUUCAGCGGGGUCCUCAUGGAGCGUUACGGGCGGCGGAUGACGCAGUUGCUGUUGUGCGUGCCGUUCCUCCUGGGCUGGGUCCUCCUGUCCCUGGCGACGACCGUGUGGCACCUCUACGUGGGCCGCUUCCUCACCGGCUUCUCCGUCGGCCUCCUCGGUCCGCCGUCCAUCGUCUACAUCGCCGAGACGGCCGAGCCGCGGCACCGCGGCGCCCUCCUCGCCACCGUCACCCUCGCCAUCUCCGUCGGCAUCCUCCUCUCGCACGUCCUCGGCACGUUCCUCUACUGGAAGGUCGCCGCCGCCGUCAGCGUCUUCUUCCCCUGCCUCAGCUUUGGCCUCUUCUGGAUCUGCCCCGAAACACCUUCCUGGCUAGCCAUCAAGGGUUAUACAUCUGAGGCGGAGGAGGCUUUCCAUUGGCUGCGGGGCUACUCAGACCAGGCACAGGGCGAGCUUAAAGUUAUCCUUUCGAAGAAGCCUGCCAGUAGAAGCGACUCGGAGGAGGGGUCGUUCAAACGUCUGGCCCACUCCCUCCGCUCCAUUUUUUCGCUCUCCUUCCUGAAGCCCUUCUUCAUCAUGAACGUCUUCUUCUUCGUGCAGCAGUUCUCCGGAGUCAACGCGGUGGCCUUCUACUCGGUGGAUAUCAUGAAGACCGUCUCGGGGAACGUGGACGAGUACUUGGCCACCAUCGUCAUCGACGUCAUCCGCGUGGUCAUGUCCUUGGCCACGUGCAUCCUCCUGCGGCAGUUCGGUCGGCGACCCUUGGGUCUCAUCUCGCUGGUCGGCACCACGGUUUCGCUCCUGUCCUUGGCCGCCGUUCUCAAGACGCCCUUCUACAAGGAGUAUCCGAGCCUCAGCUGGUUGCCAACCGGACUUCUUGCUUCGUACAUCUGCUUCAUUAGUAUCGGGCUCGUCCCGUUACCAUGGGUUAUGACCGGAGAGGUGUUUCCAGCAGCACACCGGGAGUUGGGCAGUGGCGCGACCUCCUUCUUCGGUUUCUUCGUCUUCUUCGUGGUGGUCAAGUCGAGCCCGUUCUUCUUCAGCACGCUCGGCAUGGUCGGUACGUUCCAGCUUUUCGGCGGUAUCACUCUCCUGGGUACCGUCUUCAUAUUCUGCUUCCUACCGGAGACGAAAAACAAGACUUUAGAGGAGAUCGAGGAUCUCUUCUCCAAGUCCAAACCUAAACCCUCGCCCGAAUCCGCGGAGGUCGUCUGAAAGCGCCUCAACCCGCCGAGUAUCAAUGCCAUCAAGGGCAUUGGCGGAUCCAGCAGUUUGGCAACACCGGAUUUCCUCCAUUUAAACCUAUGGAAAUGUAUCGAUUCUCGGAGGGGCCAGGUGCUCCGACAAGAAUCGAUUUUUUAGCAUAGGUUUAAAUGGAGGAAAUUCGGUGUUGCCAAAUUGCUGGAUCCGCCUCUGAUCAAGGGGGCUGUCUAUGAAGAGAUCUCGAUUACCUCUAAAAGGUCUGGCUGAAAUCAGUUUCGGUGGUCGUCUUUGAGUUCAAAGUUCGUUGCGACUCUGCAGGGGUAUCAAUCGAAUUUCGCUCAGUAUACAGGGUGUUCCGGGGUCAAGCAGCGAGGCCACAAUAGCGCGCUCUCUGGAUCAAAAUUACCCCCCCCCCCCCCCCCCAUAAUUUUGCUAUUUCCUUUUUUUUCUUUCGAAAAAUGCUCUCCAUCGGAGCUACGCCCUCUCUCCACAAUAUUUGUGAAAAUCUUAAUUUCUUUUUUGAAUUUUGGCGACGAUUUUGGACUCACACUCAUGAAAAAUUGUUAUUGCCCUAGGUAAUUUUGGGUACGAAAUUCAUCGAUAGUCUCAGAACGGUCGAAAUCAUAAGUUAAAGGUGGAUUUCAGGGACCGUUUGAUAUUCCUGAGUACCAACCAUGGUUUUCGUCAAUUAGACUCUCUGGUUUUUUCCUCUCUUUUACUCGAGAUUCCGAUAAUUUCAGACUACCUGUUGAUGAAUUCAGCGUCAAAAAUUUUGAGAAAUUGUUACUUUUCAUGAGUUAAGGUCCGUUGCCGUUGCCAAAAUUUAGAAUAAACGAAAGAUAUUAAAGAAAAGUUGGUAGCCGUUGAUAUGACUGGAGGGCACUUUUAAGCUCCAUGCAGAGAGAAUUACCCCACGCUCAUGAAGUUUGGUCCUUGGACGCCCUGUCUUGGUCCCUCGGGAAAGCCCGAUAGGCACUGGAACUGACGUUACCGCCUAAACUCAUGGUUUUGGUACCUACCUCAUAGUACUGAAUUUGUAAGUUGUGUAUGAUAUGGGUGUAAAUAGUCUUGUUUUAAAAAAAUCAAUUUGAAGUUGAUUUUACUUUUUACUGUUAAGGCUGUACUGGGCUGUGUAUUUAGUACCUACGCAGUAGCAUUCGAAGUUUCUUGUAUAAUCUUGAGUCGGGGACUAAUGUCUCAAGUGCCUUUAUCAGUGGCUAAAGCCAUUUUCAUUUUAUUGAACAAAUUUUAAAAUGCUUAUUUAGAAUUUUUCAGACAUAAAACUUGGUAGUAAUUUUAGCUCACUUAUUUGUCUGGUAAGCUUGGAAAAAUAAUUGAACCAGCAUGAGAUCGGUUGUUGAAAUUGUUUUAAAUUAGCCAACUCUGCCAACAGAGGAACAAUUGAAUAUUUUGUAAAGGAAAAGAACUUGCUCCAAGGAUGUGAGAAAGAAUCGUAAAAAAGUAUUCAGAACAUACUUAAUACUUAAAAUCUGGCGUGCUGGGCUUCAUAUCCCUUUGAUUUUUAAGAGCUUUUCCCUGGUGCAACUGAUAAUCCCUGCUGAAAUAAUAGCUGGUUGUAAUAAAAAAAUUAUGUUUGUAGGCAUAAGCAUAAACUAUUGGGCACUAGCUGUGAUAGGGCUACAUAGAAAUUGAUUUCAAUUUGAGGAACAAUUUCAGUUUCACAGUUUUGCCACUAUAAAUAUUGUUACAUCACAUUGCAAAUAUUAUCUGACAAUUUUGCCGCCUGGUUUCCAAAGAAAGCACACAACAGCAAGAUUCUCCACAGAAUAAUUCUUUCGCAGCACUGAGAUAGCUUUAAAUUAGGAUUCUUCAGGGUUUUAUCAUGAUCCUUGAUAUCAUUAAGGUUUUAAUUGCAGAGCUACGGGUACCUAAGUACAUGAUCAGUAUCAAUUAAGUUUUCAUCAUCAAAUGAAUAUUUUUAAGCUGUAAUAUAUUUUAAAUAAAAAAUGAUGUGAUAUUAGCUUUAGUAUCUUCCUAUUUUAUUUGUAUUUUUAUCAAAUCAUUUGGAACAAAGCCUAAUGUAAUUUUUUGAAUGUAGAUACUAGUACCUACCUAAUAAAGUCAAAGUUUUUAAUUAA